AAUAGUAUAUUUUUAUUGCAGGUUUUAAUUACAUAGUUUUUUUUAUUUAUAUUAGAAAGAUUCGUAUGCGCUAAACUUCAACGGAAUGAAAAUAGUUAUUUUUCUCGUCGCUUAUUUAAUUGCAAGUUCUAAAGGUUUAAAAUGUAUGCGACCAUCUGACGCCAGGUUGGUUACGUCAUCAGCUGAGAUCCCUACGUCAUGGUACAACAUUCAUUGGCACUCAGGGCCCUACAUGGCUCUCGACGAUGACUCUGAAGAACACGAAGAUGCAAGUCACGAUCGAGGAGUUAAGUUCACUCGUACUGGAGCGAAAAUUUGGUGGCUUAAAGUGCCGCUUCAAAAUUCCCAUUACAUUAUCAACCAGAACCAAACCAAAUUGUUUUGUGCUCACAAUAGAGGAGGUUUGCAAGUGAACUGGUACGAUAACACUGAAGCGAAUCGUGGUGAAGAUUGGUGCAAAUGGGACAUUGAAUCUAAUCCAUCUGACGCCACGUUGUUUCGGAUGAAAAACCAUGUAUUUUCUGACUCGGUCCCGGAGGUCGGCCAUCUUUAUUUGGACAUCACUGGAUUGCAUUUCGAUUAUGACGAAAACUCCCAUAAUGACGUCAGAAACCGUGUUGAUGACGCAAGAAAGUGGUGGCGAUGGGUGGACCAACCAGCUUCGACAACUUUCGCCGAACUCAGUGAUGCGUGCACUUUAGGUGAAUCAGGCUUGCCGGACUUCCUCGAAACGUCAAGUGAUGACGUCAUCACGGUGAGGGGGGCAAGACGCCGCAGUUCUGGCGCAAACAGAUUCAUUUCUAAGAACAAGUUCGCGACGUGCGGACAUGGUUGGUUCUUGUUCAAAAAGAAAUGUUACAGAUUGUUUCGCUACAUUGUAACGCGGCGAGGUCGUGCUGUUGGAAUCUGCUCGUAUUUUAAUGGAUCUCUGGUAGUGCCAAAAACUAGGAAGGAGCAUUCGUACAUAAGAAGAUUGUUGCAACACUAUGAUACCAGGGGUAGAUACUGGCUUGGUAUGCAAGCAUCACGGAGGGGGAAUCGUUUCUACGACAUCGAUGGUUCAGAUCUCACUUUCCGUAAAUGGGAACGAAAGCGCACGACGUUUGACACGGACAGGUGUUCAUAUUAUCACCAGGGUAGAUGGCACAAGACCAACUGCAACGCGCAGUACAAGGUAUUCUGCAAGAAACCUGCGGACGUUAGGCACGUGAUGAACUGCGGGAGGAUCCAAAUACGAUCCGUUGACCAAAUCAUGCAAAGGGAAUAUGAGAGUGAAGAAACAAAAGGGAGGGUAGUUAACGGCCUCGAGGCGGCUGAGGGUCAAUUUCCAUGGCAGGCAAGCAUUCGAUUCCGAGUUCCACAACUUGAUACAGAAGGAAACCAGAUUAUCCACAACUGUGGUGGGACACUGAUUGAUGAGUGUUGGGUCCUUACUGCAGCCCAUUGCUUUAUAGAUAGGGAUGCAUCAAUAUUUACCGUCCGCCUUGGAGAUUUGAACAACCGUGUCUCGGACGACACAGAGCAAGACUUUGCUAUUGAAAGAUUGAUAAUUCAUGAAGAAUUCAGUCUUUACCCCUCGGCAAGACACGACGUUGCAUUACUUAAGCUCGCAAAAGUAAACGGCCGCUGUGCCAGGUACACUGACGCGGUACAACCGGCGUGUCUUCCGGAUGAGAGUUUUCCAAUCAAGCAAAAAGGAGAACUUUGUCAAGUCAGUGGGUGGGGUGUUACCAAUGAGUCACUUGGACAAAGCUCUGCCGCAGCAAACUUGAUGUGGGUGACGCUUCCUACAAAGAGCAACAAAUAUUGCAAGUCGAGAUAUAACAAGAGAACCGAACUAUUUAUUGAUGAUAUCAUGAUAUGCGCUGGUUUAAAGACUGGAGGUUCAGACGCUUGCACUGGUGAUUCAGGCGGACCCUACGUGUGCAGGAACUCAGAGGGAAAAUAUGCGGUCGUUGGAGUCGUUAGUUUCGGUAUUGGUUGUGCCCGUGCAAAGUACCCUGGAGUCUACACCAACGUGGCUCACUUUAUUCCAUGGAUAAACUCAAACAUUAACGCCAACGGUGGAAAGAGUAUUGUGACGUAGACAUUACGUAGUAUAUAUGACGUAAUUAACUAAGUUUCAUGUAAUUUAAAUUUGUUCGUUUAUGCUUUCUUUCCGCCCAUAUAUAUGCUACUUGUGAAUACACCAACUGGGUAGACUUGUA